ACUCGUACUUAUCAGACGCUCCUCCUCCUGUCCGGCUUCCUCAUGAUCUUCCAGGUCAUUGGCAUUAACUCCAUAUACGGUAUCUUCCAAGAAAUGUAUACCUCUCCCCGGAGCACUGUGAAGGAUGCCAUCGGCCAGGACGCCUUUGUGUCCUUGGUAGGCAGUAUCGGCACUGGUCUCACCUGGAGUGGGGGUAUUGUCGUAAAUCCCCUCAUCGCUCGCACGAAGGAUGUCAGGUGGAUCACGGUUUCCGGUGUCGUUAUCAUGAGCCUUGGUUUGAUUCUCGCUAGUUUCAGCACCAGACUUUGGCAUUUAUUCCUCACUCAGGCCUUGCUCUACGGCAUCGGCUCCAGUGCAUACUACUUCCCCAUAAUAUCGCUCACCCCUCCGUAUUUCGACCGACAUAGGGGCUUCGCAAUGGGCGUUAUACUGUCAGGAAGUGGUAUCGGCGGGUUGGUGCUGGCCCCAGUCCUGCGCAUCCUCCUGGAUCGCUAUGGCGUAGGGUGGACGCUUAGGAUCCUGGGUCUGUGGAACCUUGCAGUUGGGCUGCCGACUGCGUGCGUGAUUCGCAAGAAGGCCUCGCUGUUCCGCACGGCAUCUGGAUCAAGGCCUGUUGGCCAAGCUGGAUUGAAUAUGAACCUCGUCAAGCGCGGUGCAUUCCUGUGGCAGUCGCUCGGAGCGUUCCUGCAAGCUUCAGGGAACGUGGUUCCCCUGUACUACAUGACGACGUACUCAACAUCCAUAUUGUCGUACAGCAGCUCGGCUGGGAGUCUGCUCCUUGCAAUGAAUAAUGCGGUCAACAGCGUCUCUCGUGUCUUGAUGGGCGUGAUUGCGGAUCGAGUUGGGCGGCAAAAUACCAUGAUUCUGAGUGUCUUCUUAUCCGGCUUAUCCGUCUUUGCAUUUUGGUAUGACGCUUCGCGAGUCCGUUUUCUACUCUUCGUCGUUUCGUACGGCAUCUAUGCUGGAGGCUACAACGCACUGGUGCCCACGACCAUCGCGGAGAUAUAUGGUGUGGAGAACUACUCAUCGGUAAACGGAGUUAUCUAUUUCAUACGAGGACUAGGCGCAAUCUUCGGUGCUCCUAUUGCAGGUGUCAUAUUGGGGAGUCAUCAGAGGAGCGGAAGCUUGAGCAGCCAGAAUGCCAUCUCUCUGAGAUACAUGAUGGCGACGCUAGGCUCUUUGAAGACGAAGUAUAACGAGGUAGUGAUAUAUGACGGAGUAUUGUUGCUCAGUGCCGCGUUUUGCGUGCUGUACGUCAGAUGGCUCGAUGCCAGAGACAAAGGAGGCUGGUCAUGGAGAGCGUAGAUGGAUAUCAUGUAUAUUGCCGGUCGUUCUAUCAUACUUACAUGAAUAUUGGAGCGCC